AUGGCAAGAAAAAAUAAUCGAAAAUCUAGGCGGCGUGCCAGGCCCAAGCCGACAGAGCGUUUCUCAUGGAGCAAAACUGAACGACUUCAACUUCUAGCAUACUUGAGCUGGUGCGCGCAAUACUGUAUAAAGUUCGAGGUGACGGCUCCUGGUUACCUUGAGAGGGUGACGGGACGGCAGUUUUCAAAGGAGCGCAUCCGAGGGAAGCUGUACGAGGAGUGGAAAAGGUGGGGAACAUGCGAUAAAUUCCAUGAGCUAUUUGAGGUAGGCACAGCAGGUCUCACACCUCUGGUGGGCGAGGAGCUGGAGGUUUUCCAUGAAAUGUUCACGAGCAUAAGCCCUGCCCAAGGUGCACGCUGUACACGAAGCAGAUCCUUGGGUCUUGCUGCAACAUCAGGUACUCUCUCAGUUCCUCGUUCACUGUAUUCAAUCAGCAGUUCCAGGGAGCCCAAUGAAGUGUCUACUCCGCUGGCUGGCAACUCAAACGUGGUACCCGAACGUCCAAGACAAAAGAGGAGGACAAAAUCCUCUUUAGGGUCGGCAAGGCUGGGUUCCAACGAUGAUCCUAGUGAAGAUGAGCUCGCAAGGGAUGAUGACCCAGGGAGAGUUAAAAGUGAAGAUGAAUCUGAACUAAGCAGACUUGCCUCGUCGGAACUAUCAUCUAUGGAACUGCAGCUUGGCCCUGUUAUUCCUGACUCCCAGGAGGACGCCAUGACUGUCAUCUCGGAAGCAGGAUCCAACCCCCCCAUGGAAGUCAGGUUAAGGCUGUCAGAGGCAGAGCUCCUCAAACAGAAGAGCUAUUCUGUGACUUUGGAAAACCGGAUAUCUGAACUCGAAAGAAGAAACUACGACUUGGAACAUUGCAUUGACAAUGCUAGCUCGUCCCCAGGUAAUUUCAGUGGGGUUGAAGUUCGGCUUCGACAGGAACUAGCGAAAUCGAAAGGUAGGCUUGAGCGAGAGGGACUUCUUAUGGGGAGCUACAAGGACCUGGAAGCAGAUAGGCUUGGGUUCCUCAACACCUCUCUCCGGGCAGAGUAUGAGAACCUCUACUCAAACAUCCGCAAUACUUCCUCGACGAUUUGCGAUCUGAGUUUGGACGACGCCCUCCCAGAACAACGCACGAAUUUCCCUCCCCUGGCGGAUAAUUGGGCCAAGCGCAUUAGCGGGUACUGUCUGGGAUGUCUUCUCGACCGAUGUGAGGCAGCACAGAUACCGAAGAGGUUCAUCUUGGCAGCUACGGUGGCGGCCGGUAUAUUCGAGCUAGUUCUCGAAGAUGUGUUUCCAGCCUUCCUGGCUGCUGACUCGCCACUCUUGGAUGAAUAUAGAUGGCAUAUUGAAACCGAAAGCUAUUUCCUGCCUCCGGAAAGUCGUGAUAUAACCCAGCGUUUGUCUCACAGCGACCCAGAAAAGGAGACUAUCGAGGACAUGAACACUACUUUGACGCAUGUGUUAAAAUUCAAGAUCGAGCUUUUGCUGUCGGUAAAGCGGCUUAAGUAUCACUUCUUCCGGCCGGGCACACUAUUCGACGCGGAGAAGAUGAAGGUCGGCCAAUCUCAAGCUGGAAACAUUGCACUUUUGGGUAAAGAGGUUAAGAUCUGCCUACUGCCCGCUCUUUUCACUUUCCCAGAAGCAAGCAAUGGGAAUGGAAUUGGAGGGGAGUCGGAUCUUAGGGCAAGCUAUAGUAAGGCUUUGACAGAAACAUCAGCCAAGGAUACGGAAUCUCUGGUUCUUGUGGAAAAGGCAAUUGUAUUCCUUUAG